AUGGCAACGAUAUCCGACGAGAAGGAGAAACCCCUUGAUACAUCCCGCAUCUCCGAUGCAGAGGACUACAAGACCGAUGAAAGGCUAGCCGCGUUCGAGGACCCGGACGCGGGCCUGAGUGAGGAGGAAAGGGCCAAGAUCGAUCGCAAGCUCCUCUGGAAGCUCGACCUGCGUCUCGUGCCCUGGCUGAGUCUGCUCUAUCUCGUCUCGUUCCUCGAUCGGACAAAUAUUGGAAAUGCAAAGCUUGUGGGACUCGAGAAGGAACUGCAUUUGUCUGGUCCGCAGUACAAUGCCUGUCUCACCAUUUUUUUUGUCUCGUACUCUGUCUUCGAGCCUUUGACCAAUAUCUUGCUCAAGCGGCUCCGGCCGAGUGUCUUUAUCCCCUUGAUCAUGAUGGCCUGGGGUAUUUGCAUGACUUGCAUGGGUGUUGUCAAGAACUACUCUGGUCUCAUGGCUGUGCGUUGGUUCCUCGGUCUCACGGAGGCAGGUCUUUUCCCCGGUGUGAGCUAUUUCCUCUCCUGUUGGUACAAGCGCUCUGAGUUCGGAGUGCGCAUGGCGAUCUUCUUCUCUGCAGCUGCAUUGGCUGGCUCCUUUGGUGGUCUGUUGGCUGCGGCGAUUGCAAAGAUGGAUGGAGUGGGCGACAAGUCUGGUUGGUCGUGGAUCUUUAUUCUGGAGGGUCUAGCGACGAUCCUGAUCGGAGUGGCCUCUUUCUGGUUGAUCCAUGAUUUCCCGGACCAGGCCAAGUUCUUGACGCCGGAUGACCGUGCUCGUGUCCUACGCCGUCUGGCGGCGGACCAGCAGUCCAGUGCGGAGCAUGAGGAGUUCAAGAUGGACUAUUUCUGGGCAAGCGUCAAAGACUGGAAGACGUGGACAGGUGCCAUCAUCUACAUGGGAGCCGAUGGCACCUUGUAUGCUUUUUCCCUGUUUGUACCGACGAUUAUCAAUGAACUAGGCUACAGCUCAAUUGAGGCCCAACUGCUGUCUGUGCCACCAUACGCCGCCGCCGCUGUGCUCACUGUAACCGUUGGUUUCAUUGCCGAUCGCACCCGACAGCGUGGAAUCUGCAACAUGGCCGUCUCCGUCCUGGGAAUUGUGGGCUUCUGCAUGCUGUUGGGUUGUUCGUCACCCGGCGCACGCUACGCCGGAACUUUCCUCGGUGCGAUGGGAAUUUACCCGGCCAUUGCCAACACAAUCUCCUGGACGAGUAACAAUACCGAGGGUGUCUACAAGCGAGGUGUUUCUCUGGGUUUUAUCAUCGGAUGGGGCAACCUCAACGGCAUCGUCUCCUCCAACAUCUACCGCCAGGAGGAUUCCCCCCACUACUAUCCGGGCCAUGGCGUGGUUCUCGCCUACCUGGUCCUGUUUGAGCUGGGCGGAUCGGUCCUGCAGUACUUCCUGCUCAGGCAGGAGAACAGCAAGCGCCGGCGCGGUGAGCGCGACCAGUGGAUCGAGGGUCUGGAUCAGAGUCAGAUUGAGCUGCUGGGUGAUAAGCGGCCGGAUUUCAUUUAUACCCUGUAA